AUGCAAUUCAGUUUUUUUGUUAUUGUACUGGCUCUUCUGUUUGGUUAUGCUGGCUCAAGUCAUUUUCGUGGUGGUAGUAUUACAUGGAAACCUGUCAAUGUAAAUUCAGUUACCAACAGCACAGUUGAUAUUAUUGUUGAGCAGAGUUAUUCAUGGAAACGUUCAACUUACUCGUGUAAUGAUACAACAAUUCUUACUCAAGGUACCAUCGGCGAUUUUAGCUACUUGCGGUGUUCAACAUAUUCUUGUAGUGGAUAUACUAAUAAUCUCUCAACUACUGUUCCGUGCACAGAUUAUAGUGUCAGUGCUAGUAUAUCUAGUGGUAAAAAAUCAAGUGUAUUGACUUUGAACAGCAAUUCACAGCUUACUCUAACGUUUACCGGAGGUGCAUGGCUACCACUACUGACUUUUGCAUCGACUUGGAGUAUCACAACUAUGAUUAAUUUACAAGCACGUAUUGAUAACGGUCGUCUUAACACACCUCCUGUCUCAAAUGUUCUACCUGUAAUCAGAGUUCCGAUCAAUAUUCAAAGUACUAUAGUAAUACCUAUGGCUGAUGAUGAUAAUGACUAUUUGAGGUGCCGUUGGGCUGAGAAGAAUCACACUUUUAAUGCUCUCCAGAAUUACGUUAAAGUAGACGAGUGUGGAGAUGUGUGUCAUGCUGUACCAAACGCUAUACUCUAUGGCGAUAAUAAUGGGACAUCAUGCAAACUGGUUUUUACUGGCGGAACAGUCGGUUUCUAUGCCGUUGCCUUGCAAAUCGAAGACUUCUAUAUCGAUGAGAAUAUCACUGCACCAUUAAGUUCAGUACCAGUACAGUUCCUGAUUAGUGUUUACAGUGGUAGCUGUCAGCCAAGCAUUAUUGGUGCACAGCCCAACGGUGCCGAGAUUAACGUUGCACGAAAUACGAGUAUGUCACCUGUGACCAUAAUUGCAGAAAUUGGUUGUAUCAAUACGUCAGUUGUUGAUUUUCUCAAAAUAAGUCCAACAGGCAUGACUACAUCAGCCAUUGUCCAAAAUCCAACAAAUUCAAGUCUCUAUUCAAUCCAGUUGAAUUGGAUUCCCACAACACUAGGAUCACAAGUGUUCUGUUGCGCAGCUAUUGAUAACACUCUAGGACAAUCAGAUAUGUAUUGUGUAACAUUUGUGGUCAUAGAUUCUCUAAAUACUACAAUGAUAACUUCAAAUACUACAGCGAUAACAACCGCACAAUCGAAAGGACUAAACAUUGGUCUUAUUGUUGGUAUGGCAAUUCUCAGUCUCUUGGUAUGCUGUGCUAUUUGUAGUUGCUGUCUCUAUUGUUGUUGGCCAUGUCUUGAAUGGCUAUGUUCGGCUUUCAGAUGCGCUUGCUGUCGCUCUAUUUGUCAAAAAAGAUACAAAUCAUCAUUCGAGAUUCCUGUUAGUUGUAAUCCUUAUAAACACAAUGGUGACAUAAGUGUUUCAAAAGCAGCUCGUCUCUCAAAUGAAUUAGUUGAAUUAGGACUUCGUUAUGCUGAUGAAUCUUUAACAAAUCUGAAACAAUCCUUCGCAAAUAUUCGAAAUAGUGUUGAACUCAUAAAGAAUACACGCCAGAUGAUUCAACAGUCAGUCAAAAAAACAACAACAAAACAAGAUGUGCCAUCAAACAGUUCUAACAGUGUUGUAAUUGUUCAUCGCUUAAAAUCAACCAAGAACAAUACUCAACAAAUUGAUAGUAAUCAUAAAGAAAAAGCUAGCCUUACUCGUGAUUGUAAUGCCAAUUAUACUGAUUCACCAACUGAAUCCGAAGAAAAUGAUGAUAACGAUAAUAUCAACGUUUUUCCUUAUCAACAACAAAACGAUCGAUCUAAACCUUUUAUUAAACAACAAAUGAAUAGUAUAACUGUUACCAAAAUAUCACGUAUCAAAAACUCAGCUGUUCCAUCUGUUUCUUGUUAA